AUGUCAGAGCGCACGCCGGGCGAGUAUGUCCUUCCGCCACCGGUGUCAAUCAAUGUGAUUCCUAUCCUUGGAUUUGCAGACGCAUCUAAGAAGCCCUCUUUUGCUCCCAUGCAUCGGCAGGUUUGCCACGUGUCGAAGAGAGUUCGGGGACUCGACUUUCGACAAAUCGAACGUUACCCUUUGCGGGAGCGUACCCGCCAGUUGUGUAUUGAUAUGUCCGAGGAAUCGUUUGCGUAUCUUGCCCGCGAAAACGCUAGCCUAGGACGCCAGCGAAUUGGACUUCAAGCACUCUAUUGCGGUAUGGAACAUCCAGGCGUUCCAAGCGCCUCGGAGCUGUGGCGCUCGAACGCACGUCGACUUGAUGCUUCUUGCCCCUUCGUUAGAUACGAUGUGGCAUCACGCAACCCCGACGGAAUGCAGGAACUCCUUCGCAUCUUUUGCCGCUGCGCUGUGGCGUUCGAAGCGUGUGUCGGCCUGACCAAUAAGCUUGGCGCAGAUACUCUUCUACGGCCACCCCUUCUACGCCCCGCGGGCCUGGCACGUACGGAGAAACGAAGGCCUGACAGGUCCCAACUCUAUAGCGUUGGCUCUGUUUCAUGCGCGUCAGGACUCACAUGCGGCGGUAUCCUUCCAGCAGCGUCUUCGAGAAGACGCCACUACUACGAUAUCCGUCUUGUGGGGAUGAUUCGCGACGAGGGCUCUCGAGUAUGUAAUGGCUACAUGACAUGGUCUGCGACGUAUCGAAAUGCUCCCGUUCGGUUGGAGGCGUUCCCCAUGCAGGAUAGCGUUGCCCACGGCUCCUCAUUUCACAGUCGAGCCCAGGCACGCCUGGAGAUUAUGGAUGAGGAGAAGCAACCGUCCUUCUGUCUGCACUUGCAGGAUGUGAAACGUUGCGAGAAUCUUCUCGGUGUCAUUCUGACUCAGGCUUCGCUCAUCGCGCCUGCAUUCGUGUCAUCCUACAUGGUCAUUAGAGGUUACCCGGGUCCGCGCAACCUAUCAUCGCACGGCUUCUUCAGAAUUCCACGCACCUACAUGCACCUAUAG